AUGGCGGUGCCGCGCGUGCUCGACAGUCCGACGGGCGCCAUGGUGGGUCUCGCGGACGCGCUGGCGUCGGUGGAGAUCCCGGAGGAGGACGAGGAGGUCCGCGCGAUCGUCGCGGCCGAGCAGGAGGCGGCUCCGUCGCAGGAGCUGACCGUCGCGCUCCUGGCCGCGUCGAACCUCAAGGACCGUGCGGACGACGAGGGGGCCGAGGAGCGGCUGCGCCGGCUUCCUCAGAUAUGGCUGGACCGCCUGCGGCUGUCGGCGCUGCCGCUGUCGGCCCUGGACUCCGUCGCGGGCUGCACGAGCUUGCACCUGCAGCACAACAGGCUGCAGGACGCGAGCCCGCUCGCGGCGCUGCGGAAGCUCGAGUUCCUGAUCCUCCGCAACAACCGCAUCGAGGACGUGACGCCCCUCGCCGGCCUAGAGCACCUCCAGCUCCUCGACGUGUCGGAGAACCGCCUCCAGGCGGUGCCGCACACGGCGUUCGCGCCGCAGCUGCGCUUCCUGAAGGUCGAGAAGAACCCCGCGGUCGCCGAGCCCGGCGCCGCGGCGGCCGCGCGGCGCGAGCUGGUCGCGCACCUGGUGGACCUGCGGGAGCUCGACGGGGCGGAAGUGACGCACACUGAGAUGGUCGCCGCCCGCAGGGCGCUCGGGCUCUCCGUCGAGGGCAUGGAGGGCGGGGGCGACGGCGACAGCGACAGCGAUGAUGUCGGCGGCGCUGGCGGCGCGGAGGACGCUCCGGGGCCCGCGGCGGGCCAGAGCGACGCGGACGCGGUCGAGGCGGACCGCGCGGUGCUCCGGGAGAUGCUCGCGGAGCUCGACGCGGGGCUGGGCGGGGCGUUUGGCGCGGCGGCAGUGGCGGACGCACGCGCGACGCUGACGGCGGCGAUGGAGCGGAUCGCGCCGGGGGGCGCGGCGCGCGGGGACGCGCGCGCGCGCGAGGACGCGGCGCUCGAGCGGGAGAUCGCGGCGCUGAAGGAGCAGCAGGAGGGGGUGCUGCAGGGUAUGAGGGAUGUCAGGAAGAGCCUGAGUCAGGCGCGGGCGGCGCAGCCGGUGCCGCAGCUCCCGCGCGGGGGGCUCGGCGCGGUCAGCGAGGGCGCGGGGCCGAGCGGGGAGCCUGGCGAGGGGAGCGGGGCGGAACGGGGCGAAGGCGGCGCGGGCGGGGGCGUGGAGGCGGCGCGGCCUGCGACGCCGACGAUGGGCCGGCCGGCGUCGCCCGGUCCGCAGGCGCGCCCGGCCUCGCCAGGGCUCGUCCUGCGCCCGGGGAGCGCGAAGGCGCGUCCGGCGAGCCCCGGCGGCACGACACUGCGGCCAGCGAGCCCGCGAGUUGCAGGCGCACGACAGGGGGGCGGAUCUCGGCCAGGGUCCGCGGGGAUGUCGGCGUCGCUGCUGCGCAAGCGAGCGUAG